AUGUCAGGCCCUUCGUUCCCUCAGUUUAUCAACAACACAGUGGGGAUUUUUUCCAAUCCACAGCACAAUACCCUUCAACUCGAGAGUGGUAUCAAUACCACGAGUUCUUCACUCAAAAACGCUUUGCACUCAUCAAGAUCCAAUUCCUCCAACCCCUUCAAAGUUUCUAGACUCCUCAAACCUCCUAAUAUCUCACAGUUGCGCGGGUUCAGCUUCUUCAACUUAGUCAAAUUCUUGGUUACAUCAACAUUUGAAAUUCCUUUGCAACCUGAUAGAUCCAGUUCCUCAAGGGCCACCGAACCACGCAACACCACCAAACUGUUCAAAUUCACCCCGCAUCCAGACAAAUCCAGCCUUCUCCAGCACCCUCUCGCGACUCCUCAAACCGUUUAUAAAUCGACGACUGCCCGUCUAUUCAAUCACCCCCAAGUUCUCUCGCUAUCUGAUCCAUGUUAA